AAAUGCACGAUAGAGGUAUAUAGCAGAGCAAUAUGGCAUGUGACUUCUCUAUAAAUACCGGAAACACACCAACACCCAAGAAAACAAAAAUCAGUUUGAACCUUAUUGGGCACACCAUAGUUUCCAGGAAUUCUCAAGUACAAGCCAUGGCCUCAAGGAUGAUUCUCUUUGCUGCAAUCAUGGUGGUUGGAGUGGCCAUCCCUGCAGCUGAAUGCCAACUCCUUGGGCUCAUUCGCAUCAAUGGCACUGUCCCCUGUGGCGUCAACAUUCCCACAAGUACCGCAAUAACAUCUGUUUUUCCAAAUGCUGCAGUACAACUGCAGUGUGGAGGGACUGUGGUCUCCAGCACCACCACUGACAGCGCCGGCGUGUUCACUAUGUUCUUAAAUCCAUUAAGCACCCUCCUAUCCUCGCUCCUGAGCAACUGCAACUUGGUGGUCAACACUCCUCUGUCUACCUGCAACUCCGCUCUGCCACUUGGCGGCAUCCUUCAGUCACCUCUGCAGCUGCUCACCGGCACCAUCUCUGGACUUCUUGGUGGCAUAACUGACAUCAUCCCAGGUGGUUUCUCUCUUGUUCAUUGAAUAAGGAGAGCCUGCUGCUGUUGUGCCAUCUCUGAUAAGGUCCCUAAAUCUUAGUACUAAAUGUCUGCUGUUUGUCUCUUCUGAAGCCUAUGUAACGUAACAUAGGCUGUAAUAAUGCUGUGAUAUUCUAUAAUAAGAAUAAAGCCCAUCAACUUGAUGCCGGAAUAAACUCCUUGUAGCAUCAUCAUUAUAGCAUGUCUUAUUACUAUUACAUAUCAUUAUGCUAGAGCUACCAAUCUUGAAGGAUGAUAAACAACAUCCAUCUAAUUACUAUUUUCCUUUUCUAGGAAGCAUCAAAAUCUGAUAUGAAUCCUGC